AUGCUCGAGCCCUACUACAGAACGAAGGGUAAAACCCCUGUUGUCCCAGCCGAUGCUGCCGACCCCUGUGCAAUCGUCAAUCCUGCUGAAGCAGAAGGUGGCUGGUACCAACCAACUGGGGCGCCCUGCACCUGCCCCACGGCAAGGCUCCCAGAUGCCCAUGAUGGUCCAGGCUGGGCGGAUGGAUCAUACCAACCCCUGGCAGUGGAUCAGAAUGACACUCGAGUAUCAGUAUUUAUUUUCCUGGGAUUUUCAGCAAAGCCACUGGGACAACUCCUAUUUUUCCUUCUCUUCUUGACUAUCUACACCCUGAUCCUGUUGGGAAAUGGCUUCAUUAUUUUCCUCACACUAAUCAGCCCAGCCCUUCAGACACCCAUGUAUUUCUUCCUUCGUAAUCUCUCUUUUGUCAAGAUUUGCUAUAGUUCAAUCACUCUACCUCAAUUACUGAUUAGUUUUAUCAAUGGAAACAACAAGAUUUUCUUCAUCGGCUGUGCAGUCCAGUUGUAUUUUUUCCUGCUUCUUGGCAGUGCAGAGUGUUACAUCCUGGGUGCUAUGGCAUAUGAUCGGUACGUGGCUGUGUGUCAUCCUCUGAGGUAUAUGACCAUCAUGGGCAAACGUUCCUGUUCCCUGCUGGUUGUUGGGUCUUGGUGGAGUGGCAUGCCAGUUGCCUUUGCUCAAACCACCUUGACUUUUAUCUCCUCAUUUUGUGGUCCUAAUGAAAUUGAUAGCUUCUGUGAUAUCCCUCCUGUCCUGAGGCUGGUUUGUGCUGACACUUCCCAGAAUGAAAUUGCUAUGUUCACAAUCACUAUGGUCAUUGUCAUUGCCCCAUUCACACUAAUCCUUAUUUCUUAUUCUCACAUCAAAGCUGCUGUGGUGAGGAUGAGCUCAUCUGAGAGCAGGAAGAAAGCUGUCUCUACGUGUUCCUCACACCUUCUAGUGGUGACUUUGUUCUAUGGUUCUGGUAUGGUAGUGUAUAUGUGUCCACAGUCCAGUGGAAAUUCAGGGACAGACAAGGUGAUUUCCCUCUUCUAUACCAUAGUCACUCCCAUGCUGAAUCCCAUUAUAUAUACUCUCAGAAACCAGGAGGUGAAAGGUGCCCUGAGGAAGACUAUCACUAAGGAGGUCCUACAACUG